UGGCGGAUGUUCGUUGAAAAAGCUCGUGAAACCGUUUACGACUGUGGUGACCGUUGUGAGAAGUAAUACAUCUACAUGGCUUCUUAAAACCGUUUUAACGGCUGCGGAUGGGAUUUUAAAAGUAGAAGCUGACCCGAAGCAAGACAUUUAACAUGAUGAAUCUCUCCAACACCACCCCGAUCGUCCCCACUCCCACCCUGAACGAUGGCCUUAACAACAUGACUUACGACGAUUUGAUGGAGCUGUACAAACAGAAUGCCCCCGUGGCAGUGGCCGUUGACCGCUUGGUGACCCCCUUCUUCUACCUCAUCGGCCUCCCGUGCAACCCGCUGUGUGCCUUCAUCUGGCUCGGCCGCCGCACUCGGCGCAACAACUCCUCCGCCAUCUACCUGGGCGCUCUGUCCAUCUCGCACACCGCCCUCCUGCUGCUGCACAUCUUCCUGGAGAUCAACUACGCCUGGAAGAUCAAAACCUACGACGGCUACGCCACCUGCGAGUUGUUCUACACCCUUGUACUACUGGCCACAGUACCUGGCUUGUUGGUGCUGGGUUUCACCGUCGAGCGCUACCUCGCCAUCUGCCACCCGUUCCUGAAGGAGAAGUACUGCACGGUUCGGCGGGCCAUUGCCGUGACCAUCUGCUGACCA